GAGUGAACUGAAAAGAUUUCUAGGUUAUGUUUUAUUGUUUGUAUGGUAUACUAUUCUUGUAUUUUUUCUACUCAGCUCUGAUAUUUCGUGGGUGUUUUUCCAUGUUUGGAAAUUUAAAAGCAACCACGGAAUCUCUCUUACCUACCAAUAUUCAGUUUUCAACCCUUGAACAAUGACUUUGAAAGAAGAGAGAACAUACUUUGGAAUGGAUUUAAGUACUCAACAGCUGAAAGGAGUGAUUGUUAGUGAGGAUCUUGAAGUGCUGUAUGAAACGCAUGUACAGUUCGACAAUGCAUUGCCUGAGUUCAGAACCCACAGUGGGGUGAUUCUAACGGAUAAAACGACAGUGACGGCUCCUGUGCUGAUGUGGGUGAAAGCGUUGGAUAUUCUGCUGGACAAGAUGAGAGUUUGCGGCGCCGAUUUCUCAAAAGUGUGCGCUCUCUCUGGUAGUGCGCAGCAACAUGGUACUGUUUAUUGGAAUAACGGCGCUGAAAACGUGCUCAAGUCGUUAGAUCCGAUGGAGUUCCUGCAUUCGCAGCUGUCGUCCAGCUUCUCAGUGUCCAACUCACCGGUCUGGAUGGACUCCAGCACAACCAAACACUGCCAACGAUUGGAAGCUGAAGUGGGUGGGCCAGAGAAACUUGCCGAAAUCACUGGUUCUAAAGCAUAUGAAAGAUUUUCAGGAGCGCAAAUUGCUAAAAUUGCAGAAACGAAGUCUAUUGCGUAUAACAAUACCGAGAGAAUUUCAUUGGUUAGUAGCUUCUUAGCAUCCCUAUUCUUGGGCUCAUAUGCGCCUAUCGAUUACUCUGAUGGCUCGGGUAUGAACUUACUGGACAUCCGGAGCAAAGAAUGGCAUGAAAAUUGCUUAAAGGUUUGUGGGCCUACCUUGGACGACAAAUUGGGUGAAACAGUGGCUUCGCACACAGAUCUAGGUCCGAUAAGUGACUACUUUGUACAGAGGUUUGGUUUCGACCCUCAGUGCAGAGUGAUUGCAUUUACUGGCGAUAAUCCUGCAUCUUUUGCUGGAAUGCGUCUCGGUCCAUCUGAUAUGGCCGUAAGCCUUGGCACAAGCGAUACCGUAUUCUUUUCAUUAACCAACCCAAAACCUUUAAAAGAAGGACAUAUUUUGGUCAGCCCCAUUGACCCAAAACUAUACAUGACUCUCCUCUGUUUCAAAAAUGGAUCGUUAGUUCGAGAACGAAUAAGAGACAAGUACUGCAAAGGAUCUUGGGAAGAAUUUGGGACGUUACUAGAGAGCACUCCAAGAGGAAAUUUUGGAAAUAUAGGAUUGUAUUACGACGCGAUGGAAAUCAUUCCGAAACUGAUGGGAGAGUUCAAGUUUGACCGAGCCGAUUCGCCGGUGACGAAAUUCUCAUCUCCUGAACAGGAGAUUCGAGCUCUCAUCGAAGGCCAAUUCAUUGCCAAGAGAGCUCAUGCUGAAGACUCAGGAUUUGUCGUCGGUCCAGAAACGAGGAUAAUUGCAACAGGUGGAGCGUCUAGCAAUAAGGCUGUUCUACAAGUGUUAGCUGAUUGCUUCAAUUCUCCUGUUUAUACAUUGGACCUUUCAAAUUCAGCCAUGUUGGGCUCGGCAUAUCAGGCGAAAUAUGGUCAGAUGAGGCGAAACGGUGAGACGGAUGUGAAUUUCCUGUCAGUGACGUCAGCUGCUCCUCCUGCUAAAUUGCUGUGUCAGCCUUAUCCUGAUGCCGCCACUGUUUAUGAUCCUAUGGUCGAACGCUACCGGGAAAUAAUUGCAAAGCUUGAAGAGAAAGCAAGCCUCGCCAAGUGAUAAUUUUUCCUCCAAGUAUUUUUCGCCCAUUGUGGAAAAACGUCCGUUAGCUGCUAAGAGUAUCACUAAAUCAUGACAUUCCGCGAAGUUUCUUCAUUUGAAACUGACUUAAUCAAACGAGAUGGUACCUCAUAGUCUUUGUUUACUUGCCUCGCUUCAGUAUGCGCUUCUUUAGCAUUUAUAUCCAUUGGAUAUGGCUAUUUGUGUCUGUGAAACCUCUGCGGAAGGUCUGUCCUUUCCUACUGUAAUACUAGAGCUACUUAACCGAUUAAUAAUGUAGUGGUAACUUACUUACUAGGAAUAAUCUAGUAACUAUAAUUUUAAUGCAUGAUACUUAUUAUAAAAGUCCAUACUAAAGUUUACAAAUUCCUUUCAUUCAUUAAUGUCAAGUAAAACAUUGAUGCAUUUUUAUAUUUUCUUAGAAGAAAUUUAAGGUUUAGCCACGGUAAUCAUCAAUUAAAAUAUUACAUUUAUUAAUGUUAUUACAGUUCAAAUCUCUUCAAAGAGGUUGAGGCUUCACGUAUGCAAGCGUUUCUCAUUACCGUACUCAUUGUUUUGAUCACAAACAUCACAAUUAUAAAAGAAAUCGUACUGUAGCACUAAAAAUAGUUCAAUUUUGUACAUUCGGUGGAAUGGAUUGUUUAAAAUAAGGUCAUUCCCAAAAAAUCACAUAAAUGGUUUUAGUGGAAAGAUUUAUUCACUAAAAUUAAUUUCUAUACUUACCAAACAAAUCAUAAUAUUAUUAUCGCUUCAAGAAACAGUUUUCUAGUUCACUAGAAAUGAUUCGAAAAUGCACAAUACUCUACAUUAUUUUAAUAUUUAAAGUAGAGUUUUCAGAAUUUUGAAGCAUUCCUCAAGAAAUAAGGUACAUUCCUUCGUAAUUUUGAGACUUGAAGCAAAGAAAUGGUACAUUCUUAACUUUUUUGAGAUUCAUUUACUUUUACUUGAAAAUAAUACUAGAGUAGAGUAUGCAGGAAGCUUGAUAGAUAGAAAAAUGACUUUUAUUAACACUUUACAAUAGAAGUGAUGUGAGCGAAAUUGAGGCAAUAAAAGCCCCCUCUUCCAUUUAACCCACGAAGCUUGCAUAGAUAAUAAGCUUACAUACAUAUUAUGUAACUGCUGUUAUGAUUCUCAAGUCAAGCUUUAAUAAUCCGAAACCAUAUCUUGUACUAAAAUUUUACCUAUUAUUGUUAUUAAUGAAUGUUAUGCAACUAGUCAUAAUGUGACUAGAAAACGGGUCUAUUAUUAUCACAUUACAACGAAUUUUCAAGAUAAUAUGGGAUAUCGAUGAUUUUUCUAUCUGAAUAAUUGAUACAGUUGUGCCUUAUGAUAUUAUGCCUUUUUAAGAUAUCAUGUUUUUUAAAGACAAUUUAUUGAAUCUAGAGACAUUUCUAUUCUAUUCAAUCAAUAAUCCUUUAUUGUCAUGAAACACAAAGUGUUGUAACGAACGUCAAAGAUACAAUAAAAUUAAUAAAUAUUCAACAUAAUAGAACAUCAAUUUGUCUCUUUUAUCAAAGCAUUUGUAUAUUUUCUUGCUAUUUCACUAAGACUUAUUCUCAAUCAUCAACGAAUUUUAAGACAAACAUAAUAUAAAUUGUAAGUACAUUCUUCUGUAAUUUUACUAGGUAUUCAUUCAUUCCUUUUGGAUUAUGUUUUAUUUUGUGAUCACUAUUUAUAUAAGAAAUAAUGUUUUCUUAUUUUUAUUAAUAUUAUGUUAUAUUUGUUGAGCAUUUUUGCUAAUUUUAUAAAAAUGUUUUUAAUAUUAAUUUAAUGAAUAACUUUAAGAUGAAUUAGAAUUGAUUUGUACAUAAUAAUAAGCAGUUCAUUCCAAUGAGCGUCUUUGAAACUAGUGCAAUAUCGUUUCCAUCCCAAUUCAAAACUCACAGAAACUUUCUCAAACGAUAACUCAAGAAUAAUUUAAAUGAAUCACAAAUUAAUAUACACCAGCAUUCUAAAAAAACUCAAAUCAACGAUAAUAAUGCCCGAUAAUUUUGUUGGAAUUAUAUUUACAGAUAAUUUGAUGUUCAGUUGUUAUUAGGAUUUAUCUUUGGUCAGGAUCAAAACCUGAUCGAAGUCGAAACCGCGGAACAAAAGUGUUGAGUCCGCCACAAUUUUUUUUAGAGUAUUUUCAAGUUUUUUUGAGUAAUACUAAUACCUAACUUUGACCAUAGAGAAAAGAUAACAUAAGCUUAAGUUAUCUUUUCUCUAUACUCCGACUAAUAAGGAAGUUCUGUUUGUUAGUUGGGAUGGAAACAUUAGUCUUAAGUCUUUCACAACUAUAGUACUUCCAUUAGCACAAUUCAAAUUGAUUGUUAUAAUAGAUUGUUUUUAAGGUGAAGGUUCGUGAUAUAUUUUCUAGUUUAUAAUAAUAGAGAUUAAGCACUUUAAUUUUACAUCACAUUCCAAUCAAAAGCAUUCCAAAGAACUGACCAAAAUAUUAAACAUUUAGAAAGAGGGUAUUCAUUUCUAUUUGGGUUGUAACAAAUAGGUUCUUUAAUCUAGUUUAGCAGCAUUUCUUAUUAGAUAAGUAUAUUUUCUAUUUAUUAACUAACUUGAUUUUACCACUAACUCUUAUUAGUUAGUUUUAGGCAUAAUUGAAAUCUUAACUGCACAGAGCAAGAAUGUGAUUAUAUUUAUGAACGCACAAAAAUCCAAUGUAAAUUAUCUAAAAACAGAACUGUUCAAGUAUCCUGAUUCAUUUAUUCUUGAGGUAAAAACUAUUCCAUUGUUCAUUUAUAGAUAGUAUUUGUGGUAAUAUUUGAUAGCUUUACUAUUGUUAAUUUCUGAUGAAUUAUAUUACUACUUACUGUAACAUUGUUAAUAAACAACCUUGAAUUUU